GCAGACGGAGAAGCUGGUCUCUGUUUCCGCCCUCUUGCUUUCAAUUAACUGUUAAAGCCGCGCGCAACAGGUCACUUCCGGGAAGGGAAAGCCGCACUUACCUACCGGCAACAUGGAUGCUGCCAGCGAAAGUGACGAGCCGGUUUCUGGGGAAGCGUUGUCCAUCGCCCAUGCUCUUUCUCACCCUCCUGAGUCAUAUGGCAACGACCCUGAUAUUGAAAUGGCUUGGGCCAUUCGAGCAAUGCAGCAUGCUGAAGUUUAUUAUAAACUGAUUUCAUCAGUUGACCCACAGUUUCUGAAACUCACCAAAGUAGAUGACCAAAUCUACUCUGAGUUCCGUGAAAUGUUUGAGACACUCAGGGUAGAUGUAUUGGACCCAGAAGAACUCAAAUCAGAAUCAGCUAAAGAGAAGUGGAGGCCAUUCUGUUUAAAAUUUGAAGGGAUCGUAGAAGAUUAUAACUAUGGUACUUUACUGCGACUGGAUUGUUCCCAGGGCUACACUGAAGAGAACACCAUCUUUGCACCCAGGAUUCAAUUUUUUGCCAUUGAAAUUGCUCGGAACCGGGAAGGCUAUAACAAAGCAGUUUCCGUCAGUAUUCAGGACAAAGAAGGAGAGAAAGGCGCUGGCAAUAAAGAAGAGGAAGCUGAGAAAGGAGCUGAUAGUGGAGGAGAAAAAGAGGAAGGAGUCAACAGAGAAGGAGAAAAGUAGAAAACUAACGAGGGAGGAGGAGAAAAAGAAAGCCAAGAAAUCCGUGACUCAGCAGAACUCAUACGUGUCAGUGCUGCUCACGCAGCCCCUUUGGUUCAGUGAGACCCUUGUGCAAGUGGAGGACUCAGAUGGACAUCUUUCUAGCUAGCAAGAGAAGCUACUCUGGCCAGAAUAGCUUAAACAUGAUUAGUGGAGUCUCUUAGUUCAUUACUGCUGGAUACCCUGUUUCUUGGCUGUAACUGUUGUUGAAGUAAGACAUUUUGUAAAUAAAUUCCUUUUGGUUUAUUUUACUUAUGACUGACCUUAGAAAGUAUUUAGAUUUAUUUGACACUUCAAAAAGUCAGGUAUAUAAUCUCAUCACUGUAUCUUAUAUAAAACUAUUCCUUCUUCUCACUGUU